AUGCCACCGAAGCCACGGAAAGAACUUGAUUCUAAGCGACUACAAAACUCGCUUCGAGCGAAUAUUUUGAGCUUGGUAAGUUUGUACCUUUUUACUGUUUGUGUACAGAAAUGUUUCGCAACACGAAUAUAUUAUAAAUUAUACUCUCAAAUAAAGCAUAAACAUUCGCUAUUUUAUGUCUGUUAGAUUAAACGAAACCAUCGAGCAGUCGCGUGUCGCGCAACGUGGAGAGUCCACAAAGAUGAUGUUGAACUUGCGAUGCUGCAGAUCACUUCUAAAAGGAUGCUGCUAAACGAUGCCAUCAAUUCCAUCGAUGGAGUAAUUUUUUUCUUCUCGUGCAUUUCGAGCGUCUGCUCAAAUCCCAACGUGAAGCAAACGAGAAGUGACCAGAACAGUCAAGAAGCAGAAACCGACACGUACCCUUGCGUCGCCUUCUUCGUCGUCUAUGAGCCGAGCGAGAAGUGUAGCGACAACACGUUUUUCGCAGCCCUACACAACCAUGAUGUGGAACCAACAAUAACUCCUAUCAGGGUGAGAAACAAUGGUAACCAGGAAAUGGAAACGGCAGCUCGACAGCUAUUCCAAGUGGUAAAGGAUCAUAACAAUCAGUCGAUACAGGACAUGAUCGAUGUUUCCAACACCUACUGCUAUCGGAACGCAUCAGUUGAAUCAAGCGAAGCGGAAAGCGAAGAUGAAGAAGAGUACGAGGAGUUCCAUCCGAAACAUUUUCCAACCGUUCCUUGUUGCUUUGUGAUUGUAAAUCACGGUGGAUUCCUGCAAGAAUUCGACAGCGCCAUAAAAAAACUCGAGUCGGACGGUCUUGUGGUGGAAACAACGUUGGACACAGAGUUGGAGACAGUCGCACCUGGUACAUGUUCAAACGACGUCAUAUCCACAAUCCGAAAAAUCGAACGCGUCAUGGAAAUGUCUAAGCACGCCUUGUAUCGUGGUAUUAUUUAUUACAAGCCAAAUGGAGCCCAGCUGACGUACGUGAAACUGAUGGAUAUUUCAAGUUAUCUCAACAAGCUCCUUGCGAACCAAGGCAAUCACAGUUGAAAUCUCUAAGCCAAAAUCUAAACCAUUCUUAAUCAAUGCCUGGUAUAGACCACCAGAUACCAGAUCUGAAAAAUUUGAAAAUUUUGAAGAUUGUUUAAAGAAAAUGGACGCGGAAAAUAAAGAAAUCAUCCUUAUUGGAGAUUACAACUGUAAUUGGGACCCAAACCACAGUAACAGAAGUGCGCAAACCGGUAAACUAAAGGAUCUUGCGACCAGAUACCAAUUUGAGCAAUUAAUAAAAGGACACACUAGAAUUACAGAUAAUACCGCUACUUUGCUUGAUUUAGCCUUCACUAAUAAACCUGAAAAUAUUGUUGGAGCAGAAAUAGAACAUGUAGGAAUCAGCGACCAUAGUCUUAUUUAUAUACAAAGAAAAAUAUCUAUUUCCCGUAAACAACCAAAAAUAAUAAAUACAAGGAAAUAUAAGAAUUAUAAAGUGGAUGCAUUUAAAUAUGAUUUAAGUAGGGUACUAGAAACGCUAUCAAAUAGUGAAGAUCCAAAUGUUGUUUGGAAUGAUUGGAAGGAAAGGUUCUUAGCGGUUGCAGACAUGCACGCACCCCAGAUUACCCGUAAAGUCAAAAAUGAACAUAUACCCUGGAUUACGCCUAGAAUAAAAGAUAGAAUACAUAAUAGAGAUUUUCUAAAAAAACAGGCGGUAAAAUAUGGGUCUAAGUGUGCUCAUGAAGCCUACAAAAAAGCUAGAAAUGAAGUGGUUAAAAUAGUUAAAAAUGCGAAAGCAAAUUAUUACAUGCAGGCAUUUAGUAAUUGCGAGGCAAAUCCAAAGAAAAUGUGGAAAAAAGUUAAUGAAUUAACAAAUAGGAAUGUAAAAUCCACCAAUAUAAAUGAAAUUUCAGAUGACGGGAAUAUAGUAACUGAACCAGGAGAAAUUGCAAAUAUUUUCAAUAUUUUUUUUACAGACAUAGGACCCAAAUUAGCAAAAGAUCUUCCGGAACAUAACCAGAUACCAGAAUCGUAUGUAAAACCCUUAAACACCAUUUUCCGUUUUCAGUUGGUAACUGAAACAGAUGUUUCUAAACUAUUAUAUACUAUUAAAACAAAUAAAGCUACUGGACAUGACAGAAUCCCGGCUAAACUACUGAAAGAUUGUGCUGACGUAAUUGCUAAGUCGUUAUCAACAAUAUUCAAUAAGUCAAUAUUAUCGGGUAGUUUUCCAGAUGAUAUGAAAAUAGCAAUUGUUUCCCCUAUUUAUAAAUCGGAUUGCAAAAGUAAACCCACAAAUUAUAGACCUGUGUCUGUAUUGUCUGCGGUUGCUAAGAUUUUUGAAAAACUUAUAUCUCAUCAGCUUUCAAACUAUUUGGAAAGUAAUAAAAUAUUAGUAAACCAACAAUCAGGUUUCAGAAAGAAGCAUUCAACAGAAACUUCAUUACUAUCUGUUACGAAUGAAUGGUAUUUAAAUAUAAACAAAGGGUACCUAAAUGGAGUUGUUUUUCUUGACCUAAAGAAAGCAUUUGAUUGCGUAGACCACAGUAUCCUACUCAGAAAAUUAGAACUUUAUGGCAUAAAAGGGGUUGAACUAAAUUGGUUUAAAUCAUACUUGUCAAAUAGAAUCCAAAGGUGUAAGAUUGGACAAACUAUUUCAGAGCCGCAAACAAUUCGUAGUGGAGUACCCCAGGGAUCUAACUUGGGUCCUCUGCUAUUCCUUGUUUAUAUUAACGACUUGCCAAAUUGUUUAAAAUAUACUAAAGCGAAUAUGUUUGCCGACGACACAAAUCUAACCACUGCAAGCUUAAAUAAAGAAGAACUACAACGGCGAUUAAUUUCGACCUAG